AGUAGCAUGUAUUAUGAAAUCUUGAUUGCCCUCGAAUGCAUAUCUUUUUUAUUAAAUCAUAGAACGUGCUUGCGGACGCGUUCUGCUGUGUUUGAUUACAUACAAACUUUAAUUACAACAACAACGCAAAAGAUUUUAUUCCAUCACGAGAAUACAUACUUUCCAUGAAAUAAUUAGUGGAUCUGGUUGCUCGCAUUCUUUCGUUGUCGAAAAUGACACGAAGUGACGUUAAUCUGCCGCUUGGAUUUAUCACGCGUAAUUAUUAUCAAGCACGUCUUUGAUAUAAAAAUGCUCAAGCGUGCAGUUAUGAGAGUCAUAAAACUUAGGCGACGACCAAAAACCGUAUACGCUGACUGUCAAGAAACCUGAUCGGUGCUUAGCAAUCAGUUAGCAUAAUCACCCAAUAUGAGGAACUACACUACACUUCUGUUAAUUCUGCGAAUUAUUUCGAGCAGUGUUAAUCAACCAGUAGAGAAUCCAUUCGACUUUGAUGAUAAUAGUAUGGACAUUCACAGCCAGAUAUACAGAUAUAAGAAAGAUUUGAACUCUCAGCCACCAUUUUGCAGUAAUACCCAAUACUUUGAUGAAGAGCAAAAACGUUGCUUAGAUAUAAUUGGAGGUGGUACACUACUUUAUGUGAAUAAAACGAAAUCGUGUGGUGUAAAUGUCUUGAAGCCCCAUUGCAGCAAUCCUAAACACUAUUACAUUUGUAAAAAAAAUGAAACAGUCCUGGCUCAAUGUGGAGAAGAUCAGUAUUUUAGCUAUCGUUUGCACAAAUGUGUUCACGUAAAUCAUCAGGAAGAAGUCACUGAACGAAGCCAUCCUGAUCAGCAAACAUUUGAUUCUAUAAAAUUGCCUGCGUGCAAAAAAUCUGGAUCAUUUCCGGUGCCGAACGAUUGUACUUUAUUCUUCACUUGUGAAACUAAUGGUCGCCGGAUGUCCCAAACUAUUUUUAGAUGUCCUAAGACUAUGGUUUAUGAUGCAGAAACAGAAAUGUGCAGUGUUUCCGCUAUAUGCGAUGAUACGUACUUAAAUGCAUCUUCCAUAUGCGAACCUAAAGAAGAAGGAAGAAUAAGUGUGUUACACCGAGAACAUGAACCAGAUGACGAAGAAUUAAACGGAUUCGUAACUACUGAUUAUAGUUCAAUCCCCCCAGAAUUCACAGGAGACAUAAUUGACACAACCAUUGCAAUAAAUAAUUACGAGAGUGGAAUUACACCGACGACUGACUCUACUAUGGUACAGAUGCCUCUCGAAUCUAAUGAGUUUAAUGACGUCGAUUUUUCAAAUUCAACAGAAGAUAUUUUAGAUACGAAAAGUACCAUUAAUCUUAGUACAGAAGCUACUGAGCCAUCGUUACAAACCUUUACUUGGGAAAAACAAUUAUUAAAUGAAGAAUUUGAUAUGGCUGCAAUCACCACUGAAAAUUAUACAAUUAGCCACGAACCAUUACAAACUACUACUGUAGAGGAGUACUCAAGUGAUCAGAAUGAUGAAGUUACAACAAAUAACAUAUAUUCAACAAGUAUAAUUGAAGUUACACCUUCAAAUACCAUAGUAGGUGCUGCAAUCCCACAAAUAAAUUUGCUUCCAACUCUAGAAGAAAUAAGUACAUCUGCAAAGAUUGAUACAAAUGAACCAUCAGUAGAUUUUGCAACUCAGCAAGGAACAUUGAGUUUAAAUGAAAAAGAACUUGAUGAAUAUACAACUACCGAAUUUAGUAUGUCAGAGUUUACUUCCACAAUUUCAACUGCCGAAUUUAGUGUGCCAAAGUUUAUUUCCACAAUUUCAUCUACCGAAUUAUUCACAUCUCCUGUAUUUAGUAAUGAAAGAACAACCUCUGAACAACUUCAUCUAGAUGAAUUGCCCACUUCUGUUGAAGAUUCCAGUGCUGCACCCAUAGAAAGUUAUACAAAUUCUGCGUUAUUCGAUCAAUCAUCAGUGUCUGAUAUCAUAGCCCCUUUUAAUGACGCUGGAUUCUUAACUAAUACAGACACAGCAAAUUAUGUCGGUACAGAACCUACAGGAAAUAUGAUUUAUGAGCCUGACGAGCUAGAUGAUACUUCCAGCGACAUCGAACAAAUUGUACAGAAUUUCACGUCGACCUUAAACACCGUAUCAUCACUGGAAUCAGCUUUAGUGGCCAACGAAAAUAAAUUGAACUCAAAUUCUAGUACUGAUGUGAACGAACAAUCAUGUGAACAGAUGGUGCAAUCUUUACUAGCACGACUGGAGAAGAAUGAAUCGUUAUUGAAAGAUAAAACUGACGCACCGCAGCAGAUUGUAACUGCAUUAAAUGAUUCGAACUCUAAAAAAACGAUAUCAUCGCAUAUCGCAUUACCUUUAGCAACAAGAUUAUUAAAUAUCACAGCAAGAUUUGAGCAUCGUAUAGCAAAUAUUCUGAACAGGAUUUCUAAAACUCGUACAUAG